AUGAAGUUCCUCUUCCUGGCCGUCGUGGCGCUUUGCCAUCUCGAGUUGGCUGCCGCCGUCAUCGGGGCCUGGCCGCGACCAGAAGAGACGAAGAGAGGGAGAGAGGAGAGGUCCAAGAAAAGGGACGAGGAGAAGAAACAGCGACAGGAAGCCAAGAACAAGGGCAAAGAAAAGCCGCCACCCAAGGACCCGGAAAAGACUUACAUCCUGCAAUCCAACGCUGACGGCUGGGCCGAGUUGAGCAUCCGACUCCUCAAUGACGAGCUGCGGGCCCGGGGGCACGAUCCGUUCCUGGGCGCCCCUGCUGAGGACGUGUCUAGGGUUUCCAGAUGGGACAAGGACAAUAACAAAGUGCGGCCCAGGACCAAACCGUGCCACUACAACAGCUGCCCGGCUGACACGGGCCUUGAACAUGGCUACAACUCGACCAGCCCGCACCUCGCGUGGAUAAAUGGGGGGGCCAGGGAUUCACUGGACCGGGCGUUUUACGUUCUCUCAAAGGACUAUUGGGCGUGGCCUGAGGGCAAACGGAGGGGCAUGUGGCCGGACGUGGUCGUCUUCGGGCCCAACGUGGGGAGCAUUCUGGGCCCCACGGCCACCGACCGAUUCGUCACGCCCGUUUGCCGCGGAGCGCACGAAUGUGUCUUUUGGGGCGAUACACCGGCCAUUGUCUUCUCGAUGAACACCACCUUGCGUUUGCCAUGGAACAGGGAGCCUGUGCCGGAGAGCACGCGUCUGUGGGCCGAGCUGUCUGCCAUGAUCACGCACAGGCUGAUGGAGACGAGCAAGAAGAAGAAGGCCAGGAGCGGGAAGAAAUGGGACACGAUCCCGCGGGGUCCAUGGCUCAACGUCAACUACCCCAAGUACGACAAGGCCUCCUGUAGCAAGCCAUCUGACGUCAAGUUCAUCAUGACGCGCGUCGACAAACCGCCAAAGGAAGCUGAUAAGGACAUCGACUGGUGCGGUACGACGAUGCGGCCUCUGGAGAAAGUCAUUCACGGGCUCCCCGGCUGCUUUGCUACCAUAAGCUUUGUCACACUCAAGCAUUCCGACAAAAAGACGAGGCAUGGUGCAGAAGAAGACUUGUUGGAAAGGCUCAAGGACAUAAUGAGCUGCCCGCCCGAGAAGCCGGCCCCCACGCGUCCGCGCACUAGCGGUGCGCCCCAGGCGGCUACUACUAACAGCAGUGCGCGGGCGUCGAAUUGGGGAACUCAACACGUCGAGGACGAUUUGCGAGGCGGCUGCCGCUGA